GUUUCCCCUCAGAACUUUUCUAUUUUCAAGUAACGUCAUGGACACAAUUCUAUAAAUAAUAUAUAUCAUGUACAUAAUUAAUCACAAGUACUAUACAAACUAAUAUUUGAGGUCAAGUCAGUGGUACAUGUUUAUGCCACCACCCCUCAUAGCAUGCCAUUGGUAGAGUCCACAUUGGCGCGAGAUUUAGCUCCUGUCGAUGGAGGUCUGACUGACACUGAGGCUGGAAAGCUCACAGAACGUGAGGAAGUAAGGAAUCCGUCGACAUCUUUAUCGUUACCUGGGACAAAAGUUACCUGGGCAGAAAGAAUGGAGGACGAAUAUGAAACUGAAAUACUUCAACUGUGUGAGGAAAUUGCUGCGUUGGAGGCUGAGAAAGAAAACAUUGAGAGAGAAGUAUCCGUGCAGUAUGGACAAGAACUGUCCAAUGUAUUGGGUGCUAUUGAGGAGGAUGAUGGAAGGAGCAGGAAGGACACUUCAAAGCUAAUGGACGAUAUUGAGAAGAUGGAGAAGAACCUUGCCAGGCAGACCAAACUCAACGGAAUCACGUUAACAGCGUGCAGAGUGAAGACCAUUGAGAAAAGUAAAACCAAAGUUGUGCAACAACACCGACUCAUGGGUCACUGCUGCCACCUUUCUUUCCAAGUUCAAUUCGAGAUCAUUGAGACGCAGGUAGAGGACACUUUCAUCAGGAAAGUGAUGAAUCUCAGCAUUGUGAUGGAUGGCAAUGAGAUCAAGGACAUCACCUCAGUUGUGUCAAGGGUGGAAGAAACCAAGAGCCUUCUUCUGUUCUUCAGAAUAUUGAAGAGUUUCUCUGCAAACUGUGAGCACAGAAGCAAAACAUUCCAACACUUCAAGGAAAAGUACCCAGAUAUGGUCAGUCUUCCUGAGGGGUGCCAAUCUGAACUCAUGCUGAUCCAGAGUCCAAAACUCCAAGGCUGCACGAUGUGUAUUUUCUGGGACAUUGAAGUGACACUGGAAGGCGAUGUAAGACCAAAACUCGACCUUCUGAUGAAAAUGCCAGAGAAAGCUAUGAGGAUGGACUCCAAGAACAUUGUGGAAAAUGCUCCGGACUACUUCCUGAACCUUCUACGCAUUCUAGGACCUGAAGCAUCUAUUGAGAGUGUUAUUAAGACAGUGUGUGUGUGACACUUUAGGAGCUGAAACAUCUAUUGAAAGUGUUAUUAAGACAGUGUGUGUGUGACACUCUAGGAGCUGGAGCAUCUAUUGAGAGUGUUAUUAAGACAGUGUGUGUGUGACACUUUAGGAGCUGAAACAUCUAUUGAGAGUGUUAUUAAGACAUUGUGUGUGUGACAGACUGAGAACUACAGUGAUGGCACCAAGCCCAUUCAUCAUCAUUUUAUUCAAUAUGAACAACUCAGUACAAUCAACCAUUAGCAAAUGUUUUAAUGCCAUCUGUACAUUCUCUUACAAUUACUCAUAUGCACAUACUGUAUGUAAAUAUAUAUUCAUUAGUAAAGACCUAGAAAAAUAAAUAAUUUAAAUACAAAAUUCUAGACAGCAAAAUUCACUGUGCAUUCUGAAAUAGUUAAACCUAAAUCCUUUCCUUUUCUUUACUGUAUGCAUCACAGUGGGUGUGAUUUUCUUUAAAGAGGCUUAAAGUCAAUUAUAUUUUACAGUGAAAUAAUCUUUCAUAGUUGCUUGUGUUUGAGACUACUAAUAAAAUCUGCACAAUCUGGG